UUAGAAGCCAUUGAUCAGUUCAAUUCUUGUCUAGACUUGGCAGUAGAAUCUGGAGCUGACAAGGAGUCAGAUGAGUACUUUGUGGCAACCAAACUAUUCAAGGAUGAGUACAAUAGAGCUAUUUUCAAUCGCUUUGAUACUGCAACACAAAGGAUGAAGUGGCUACAAAGGUUUUGCAAGGAAUAUUUUGGUUGAAGGUUAUUGUGUGGCUUUUAGCACAAAUUAUGUGAGAACUAUGUGUCAUGUGUCUGUGUUUUGAACUCUAUGUGAGAAUCGUGUCAUAUGUCUUUGUUUUGAACUCUAUGUGAGAAUUGUGUCAUGUGUCUAUGUGCCUAUCAUUUAUCCAGUUUGCAACUGAGUUCCAUUUAAUUUUGUAUUCCCUGAUUAUACAACUGUGUCAUGUGUCUAUGUGCUGCAUAUUUUUUUUGUUAAUGUGUUGAUCUCUUUUCCUGUGAUAAUUAUGAAGGUUGAGGCAUCUGAUGAUCUGCUACAAGCAGCAAUGUUACUAAGGUUGCGUAGCAAGAGGCGAAGAUACAUAGCAGCUACAACCAUUAUGAUUGGUAUGUACCACUUUGAGACUUACAUGAACAAAUCAUCAUACAGGGAACCAACUGAAACUGGUUAUGCAUGGGUUAUGAGAACACUAGGAAAUAGAACAAGUUGCUACAACAUGUUUAGGAUGAGCAGAACCGUGUUUGAAAACUUGCAUACUGUUCUUGUUGAGACAUAUGGGUUGAAAAGCACUAGAAAAAUGUCAUCAGUAGAGGCUUUGGGGAUGUUUCUAUGGAUUUGUGGAGCUCCUCAGUCACUUAGGCAGGCAGAAAAUCGAUUUUGUAGGUCUAUAGAAACCUGUAGUCGAAAAUUUGACAAAGUCCUUACUAGUUUGAACAAAUUGGCAGCUGACAUAAUAAGACCAAUAGACCUAGAGUUUAAAACUAUUCAUGCAAGGCUACAAUCACCUAGAUUUGCACCUUUCUUUGACAAUUGCAUUGGAGCCAUUGAUGGCACACAUAUCCCAGUUGUGGUUCCAAUUAGCAAAGUAGUGCAACACACUGGCAGGCAUGGGUACACUACACAAAAUGUUUUGGCCAUUUGUGAUUUCGAUAUGAGAUUUACUUUUGUUGUGGCUGGAUGGCCGGGGUCAGUUCACGACAUGAGAGUGUUUAAAGAUGCAAUUGAGAAAUAUGGAGAUAAGUUUCCACAUCCUCCUGAAGGGAAAUUCUACCUUGUGGACUCAGGUUACCCAAACCGUAAAGGUUACCUUGCUCCUUACAAAGGUACAAAAUACCAUCUGCCAGAAUUCCGAAAUGGUCCGAUGCCAGGCGGUAAAAAGGAGAAUUUCAAUUACGCACAUUCUUCUCUUAGAAAUGUUAUUGAGAGGUCAUUUGGUGUGUUGAAAAUGAAAUGGAGGAUUCUAUUGAAUCUCCCUAGUUAUCCAAUGCCAAAACAAAGCAAAAUAAUUAUGGGAUGCAUGGCACUUCAUAAUUUUAUUAGAGAGAGUUAUCUGGGAGACAAGGACUUUGAUUUGUGUGACCAUGAUGAGAAUUAUGUUCCUGAAAUUGGUGAGUCAUCUACUGCCGGUGCAAUUAGUCAAGACGUCGUUUCAGUUCAAGGUGAAGACGACUACAAUAUGAAUGAAUUUCGAGAAUGGAUAUGUGAUGGUUUGUUUAGUAGAAUGUAAAAUGCAUUGUGUGUAAUAAAUUUGUGUAUCGUUCUGGACUGUUCUAUUAUUUGAAACUCAUUUGUGGCAGCUUCUCAGUUUGGCAUUUGGAAUAUUUGAAAUAUAUUUAAAAUAUAUUUGUGGUUUGUUCAUAUUGGAUGCAAUGAAACGAGAGAGAUCUUGUAAUUUUUGCUUCUGUUGUGCAAGCAGUUGCAGUUUCCUUUUGGUGGCAUUUGAUUUAUAAUAUAUUUCACAGUCGCAUUUGUAAACAGUCGUAUUUGAAAUAUAUUUCAGUUCACAGGUGUUUGUAUUUCA